CUUUUCCUAAUACCCACGCGCAGUGAUUCAGAAUAGGUUUGCCCUAAUACCCAAAUAUUGAGAAGCAGAGGUAUCGGAGAUGGAGCAGAGGCUAGCAAACAGCUGGCGAAUGCCUCUCAACGACAACAAAUUCAUCGAAGCGGCUCUCCUGACGGACCUACGUGUCGACGGCCGCCGCCCCUCCGACCACCGCAAGCUCACCAUCAAGCUGGCCAAGCAAGACGGCUCCGCGGAGGUCCAUUUGGGCCAAACCCACGUCGUCACCUUCGUCUCCGCCCAACUCGUUAGGCCAUACAAAGACAGGCCCAACGAAGGCUCCCUCUCCAUCUUCACCGAGUUCUCUCCCAUGGCCGACCCCUCCUUCGAACCCGGCCGCCCAGCGGAGUCAGCCGUCGAGCUGGGCCGCGUCGUCGACCGCGGCCUGCGCGAAAGCCGUGCCAUCGACACUGAAUCGCUCUGCGUACUCUCCGGCAAACUCGUAUGGGCCAUUCGCGUCGAUAUCCACAUUAUCGACAAUGCCGGAAAUCUCGUUGACGCUGCCAAUAUCGCGGCGCUGGCUGCACUGCUGACGUUCCGACGGCCGGAAUGCUCGCUGGCCGGGGAAGACGGCCAGGAAGUGGUGGUGCAUCCUCCUGAAGAGCGCGAUCCGAUACCGUUGAUUAUACAUCAUCUCCCGAUUGCCAUUACGUUUGGGUUUUUCAGCAUUGAAAAUCUCCUCGUGAUAGAUCCGACGAAUGAAGAAGAGUGUGUGAUGACAGGACGCAUGACUGCGACGCUUAAUUCAAACGGCGACGUUUGUGCUAUUCAGAAGGCUGGUGGAGAGGGUGUAUCUCAGAGAUUUAUCAUGCAUUGCUUGAAACUUGCUCAUUCUAAAGCUAUUGAUAUUACAACUAAGAUUAAGGAUGCUGUUGAAGUACACAACAACGAAAGGGCGUUGCGGAAGAUUAAGCGGCACCCUUCGUCUGUUGCUAUGGAUGUAGGUGGUGCUCCAGCUGGAAUAGGUGAAAAACAAAAUCAAUUAGUUGGAGUUGAGGAUGGUACCGGUUUGGACAAAUUGAAGCUGAAAGAAGAGGAAAAUUUUAUGGAAUGUGAAGCCACGCCAUCAGGACAAGAACAUAGUAAGGAUGGAAACUCCAAGAAUUUCACUGGUGGACCUUCAAGUUGGGAUCCCUACUCAGAGUCUGUAGAUCCAGAUCUUCUAAAAGCUUCUCUAGCUUCACGGGGACCGUCAGUUCCUCCUAGUAAACCAAAGGAUUCAAGACAUGAGACUAAGCCCAAGGAACUACCACCGGAAAUUAAUACAGAUCUUUCUCCAAUUGACAAGUCUCUAACUGGUGGACAGAGUAACGAAGGUAAGACUCUGAAGGAUGCCGUCAAGCCCAAACAUAAGAGGAGAAAAAAAGUAUCUUCCAGUAACGAAAAUUAAAUUAGUUAAUGAGUUUUUGACUUAUUGCCGUUCAUCUUCAAAGCAUGUGCUUGUAUACCCGUUGAAACUGAGAAUUGAGUUCCAAUGUUCCCAAUUUUGGUAGAAGCAAGGGUUUCAUGUUCUGGGGAAAAGGUCUAUUUAGUAUUGCAAAUAGGAAAAAAGAUGCACGUGCACAUGAAGUUGACUGAACUUUACAGCCUGUACUUCAUUUUUGUUUCUUCUUGUACGUUGUAAACAUUAGAUUGACAAUUGAAUCUCAAUUAUAUUUCCGCAAUAGAAAUUCCUAAUACUGAGAUAAUAAUAUAUGGGUUUUGUAACAUUUUGGCACUUGAAGUUCCAUUCCUCGCACUCUUUAAGUGUGCAUGCAUGAUUGUUUGUUAUUGCCUUCUAGUUUCUGAAAUCAUGUUUAAGCAUUAGAUUGGUUAAUAUAGAUUACUACUGCUCAAUUCCUUGUAAUAUUGCAAGAUAUUCUGUGUUUUAUAUAAAAAUAGCAAGAAAAAUAAGAAAAACAUGUAUGAUAUAUCAUCAUCCAGCAGACUCUAGAACUGGCUUGGGUGAGUUUGUUGAUGAUGCGAACUACCGAUCUUGACUGAUCCUAUUUAGAGUUAAUCAAGAAGACAAUGACAUGCGUCAUACCAACUAAGAUCGAGUUUUACACUGUCACUUCAGCCUGAUGCCGAACAAAAUUGGUGUUCAAGUUUGUGUUGAAAGUCAGUGAGACAGUUCCUGAGGCCACGUUCCUCUGUGCAAUAUUCUGCAUUCCAUCCCUCACUCUCUGGCACAUCUACUAUUGACCAAACAUAUUUGGUUGAUGAUUUCCUUCGGAUGUUUUGUGGCUGAGAUGGUCCUGAACUUUCACCACCUAGUCCUAAAGGAUGUAAUUCGGCAAGUCUUCCAUCAUCUAGUGGAAACAGUAUUCUGCCAACGUACAAUUGUAAACCUGCUAUACCUCUUGCUGCCUUUGCAUGGAGAGGAUGCUGGUGACUUUUCCAUACUUCUGGAAAUUCAUUAUUUGGAAAUGUUAAAUUAAUGUACUUUAAAACUCUUGUUCUUGCUGCUGUAAUUAUGUUUAUUUAUUUCAGUUAGUUUGGUUGUA